AUGGCUGUUGUCAGUCAGACAAAGGCAAGUCAGUUCGUUUCUGAUUGAAAAUUGAAAUCAGUCAAAAGGGCCGGGCAAAACUGUAAAAUUGAUGGUGGUCAUACGGUUCAGCAGAAAAGGAUCCGUCCGACUUUGUUGUCUGGUGCAGCUGUUACAUGAUCUGAUGCACUGAGGCUGUGACAAGAUUCAAGGAAAAGGAUGUCUCACUACACAGAUGAGCCUCGCUUCACCAUCGAGCAGAUCGACCUGCUUCAACGGCUGCGUCGCACGGGCAUGACGCACGCCGAGAUCCUGCACGCGCUGGACACGCUGGAGCGGCUGGACCGCGAGCACAGCGACAAGUUCGGGCGGCGUCCAUCCGGAGCGGUCAUGGCCCCCCCGGCCUCCGUCGCUGGCAGUGCCGUCGCCGCCUCUGCGACCGCCGCUGCCAACAACGCCACGGCCAAUGACGCCAUGCCUGCCCCGACGGCCCUCCCCUCCACCACCUCUAUCGCCACACAGACGCAGUACCACGGCGCCCUCUCGCCGUCGCUGAGCAACAGCUACGCCCCGUCGCCGCCGCCUGCCCCGGGCCCGCCGCCCUCGUCGGCGCCCGCGCUCCUGCCCUCGCCCGUCUCCCUGGUCGCCUUGGCACAGAAUGGCCGAGACAACCUGGCGGCCACACCCAACGGGAAGCUGUCGCCGCCGCGCUACCCCGUAAACAGCGCCCGUGCGUUUGCUUUCGAAGCCGCCGAGGAGGACAUGGACGUUGACGACAAGGUGGAGGAGCUCAUGAGGAGGGACAGCAGCAUGGUGAAGGAGGAGAUCAAGGCUUUCCUGGCCAACCGUCGCAUCUCUCAGGCUGUCGUAGCCCAGGUCACAGGCAUCAGUCAGAGCCGCAUCUCCCACUGGCUGCUACAGCAGGGAUCAGACCUGAGUGAGCAGAAGAAGAGGGCCUUUUACCGCUGGUACCAGCUGGAGAAGACCAGCCCAGGUGCCACUCUGAACAUGCGGCCUGCCCCUAUGUCCCUGGAGGAGAUAGAGUGGCGUCAGACCCCGCCCCCCCUGAGCACGGCGGUGGGGAGCUUCCGUCUGCGCAGAGGAAGCCGCUUCACCUGGAGGAAGGAGUGUCUCGCCGUCAUGGAGAGUUAUUUCAAUGAGAACCAGUACCCAGAUGAGGCCAAGCGGGAGGAGAUUGCUAAUGCCUGCAACGCUGUCAUCCAGAAACCAGGAAAGAAGCUGUCUGACCUGGAGAGAGUGACCUCCCUCAAAGUAUACAACUGGUUUGCCAACCGCCGCAAGGAGAUCAAGCGACGUGCCAACAUUGAAGCCACAAUCCUGGAGAGCCAUGGCAUCGACGUCCAGAGCCCUGGUGGCCACUCCAACAGUGACGACAUCGACGGCAACGACUAUGCUGAGCAGCUGUCGUUGCAGGGCUGUGACGUCCCCUACUUUGAGAAGAGAUCCAUGACCCGGCCAUUUGGCUUCUACCGUCUGGAACCCACCUCUCCCACACAGGACGAUGCUGCUGGUCACAACGACCACCAGGACCCCAUCUCGCUGGCGGUGGAGAUGGCGGCUGUCAAUCACACCAUCCUUGCUCUAUCACGGCCUGGAGCAGGCGGAGUCCCCAGUGACAUCAAGACUGAGGCGCUGGAGGAUGAGUGAGCUGAACGCAAUAUCACAGGGGAGGGGAGGGGUCAAUGAAAGUUUGUGUUUGAAAAUGUGUGUGUGUGUGUGUGUGUGUGUGUGUGUGGAGGAGACUUAUUGUAAUGACCAAACCAACGCUUAAACCCCAGACCCUCCCCACUUAUACUCUGGAAACAGCAUUAUAUUUCCUGGACUCGCCCAAUCACUGUUUGCUCCACUUCUCAGACGACAACAACAACUGUAUCUUGUAACCUGUUGGUUUUCUCCAGUCACUUACAAAGACACUUUGAGGAGUAGAGAUGGGAAAUCUUUAGCCAUAUUUUGCCCAGAUACCUUCGGUUUCCUUCACAUUUCCGAACCAACCUCCCCACUUGCAGGACCUCCAAACACACUCCGUACCUCUUCCCAGUCUCAGCGGCAGACCAGUAGAGUAGAAGGCUCUCGUGUACCUCUUUAACCGUGACCGUGUGCUUCCAAUGGUCUGUGUGUUCGUGUUCAUUAAGGAUGUGGCUAGAGGGAGGACUGCAGCCAUGGACUGAGGACUGCUGGUAAUUGAGGUGGAUGAGGGAAGGGGUCCCCCUCCCA